UUGCCACGAGUUCCCAGAAUCCUUUGCGGUUUUACCCCUGAAUGACAUCACAUUUUCAAUCUCUAUAGCCUGAGCAACAGGAUCAGAGUCAGUUGUGCUCUGCAAUUAGUCUGCACCCCACGGCCUUCUCUCCAGAGCAUACUUCAUGGUGAAGCACAUGUAAACACAGGAAGCAUCAUAAGUGUAUUUCUGGCAGGAAGUUGUGAUAGCCGGUGACGGCUGCUCAUUACUGCUGACCCAGAGAUGGUUGUCUCCUGUGUUCGUGACGCAGAUGAACAUUUUCAGUUUCCCCAAACCUGCUGAAGAGAAAAUAUACAAAAAAAACCUGAACUCUUCGAUUUUUUUAUACAUAGAAAUACAACUAUACAAGUUCUUUCAGCAGAAACUGUCAAGAGUUUAUUAAAAAUGAGAUGGAAUGAAAGAAAAUAGGUCAGGAUUUUGUUUUUACAGAGCAGGGUCCCCGAUUUAAUGUUUUCACUCAGUAGUUUAUUAUUUUGUUAUAUUUCUUUCUUUGUUUUUGUAUUUUACAUUGAAAAAUGGAUUUGUCUAUAAUACAGCCAUGUGUUGACAGAAGAUGCCAGAAUACUCUGUGUAGCUUAGGACCCUAUUUAACGUUACACAUAGUUGUGCGAUUUAUUACGGCUUUUCUGCCCGUCCUGCAGGCUGACAGUUGGUAGGAGUGGGUAGAACUAUUAGGAAUUAAAAAGUAAAAGAGAAAUAUCGGGGUGCUGUUUUACCCUCAGCUGAUUUUGGUCCCCCUUUUGUUCUCAAAGCACAGUAGGUUAAAAACCAUUCACUGCAUAUAAACAAGGUUAACUGUGCUAUAGACAUUCUCUUCAUGUCUGGAAGACAGACCUAAACAUGGAGACCUUUGACAAUCUCUGAGAGUGACUGCAGUCGUCAGGCUGUGACUGUGUGCAGGAAUGUUUGCCCCUAUCAGGUGACCUGAGCUUGUGAUCAAAGUGGUCAUGAGUGUUCAACAGCCUCAGGGUGUAGGGAACCAAUUAGUCACCACAAGUUGUGAUGAAUUAGGAGCUGGCUUUGUCAAACUGAAUGUGUCCAGUGUUCGAUGGUUUUUCGUGUGAGCCGAUUUAAUGCAAGUUUGUUCGGCUAAUGUCAUCUCAUGGUGCUGCGUGAUGGUGAUUAUCUCUCUUGUUCACAGUAUUCACAAAGUAUUUUCCUUUAUUUGAUAAAAUACUGCCAUUUGGUAUGCAACAUAGUAUUGCAAAAUAUUGCAAUACUAUGUUGUAGCUACAUGCCACCCUGUAAAACGAUUAUAUUCACUUAUCUCAUGGGGUUUAACAGUUUUCUGCUUCAUUUGAAAAACCUAUUAUGUGUUUCCCUUUCAUCAUUUUUAUAUUUUUCACCAUUCUUCAUGCCCCUCCCCUUAACUGAGGACAGAACAGAAUUUAGAUAGAGGUAUUUGGCAGUUAGGCUCUGAUGGCCGUGUUGGUGUUAGAGAUUAGAGCAGGACCUCCCGGAGGCUGCUGGUGGAGAUGAAGCUGGAGACUUGAAUGGAGACUGAAAGAUAAGAGGCAGUGAUGGGGAGGAGGCAGAUUGCAUGAAGGCGACUGCAAAGGAGAAAGAUGCACAGUGAGAUUUAAAGUACGCGGCGUGAAUGCUGAUUGGUCUGAACAAGGCUGGGAGAAAGAUGAUUGGACUAGACCACUGAUGUCACAAACAGCUUGACAGCUUGUAAAAGUGGAAGAGAUUUGAAGCUCAGAUUUAGCCGGCAACACCUGGGAGCAGACAGAUGUGAGACUGUAGAUCUACCUUAUUGAACUUGCGCAUAAGCUUCGUUAAAAUGAUGCAUGAGACAGACCUUCUGCUUGAGCAUGCACAGGAGCGUGAAAGAGGCAGAAAGGUUGUAUUAAGAGACAAAGUUGGAGGAAGAAAGUGUGGCCAUAUCAAAAUUUGCAGUAUUUUGACAUAUUACAGCUCUAUUUUCAGUAAUACAAAACAUGACUCCAUGAAAUUACAGUUUACAUCCAACUUUUUUUUACAUUUUAGGACUUGAAUCACUUGUAAUCACCUGCACAAAAGUGCUAUUUGUUACUGGGGUUUGUGUGGCUGUAAAUAAACUUGCCGUUCAGACCAAAUGGCUGAGAUUGUUGUGGUGGACUCUGUAAAAUACACAGGAAAUGGAAACCUGAGCUAAAGGGCUUAAACAUGUGGAGGAUCACACACAGAGACAGACGAACAGGAGGCAAAGAAAGUGAGCCAGCGUCUCCCGGCAGUGUGACUUAAUUAAAAGAGCACACGAAAAAAAAGGAGGGAGACGGACCUCCUGGCAUGAUUUGUGUUUGUGCUGACAGUACAGCCUGUUGCUGCUUUGCCCACUUAUCUGACAUCAGAUGCUGCUGCUUUAGAGGCUACAUAUGAGAGAGGAAACAUAGGCCAACACUGAGACACAAACAGAUGACAGAGAAAGAAGAAAAAUGGCAAACCCUCCCACCGUCCCCCCUCCUUCUUUUUCGGUUUGACCAUUUGGCUGUCAGAUGGACCUCAGCAGAGAGCGAGAGAGAGAAAAGACGGGGAACGAUUCAAAAGUGAAGAAAGGAAGAAAAGAGAAGGAGAAGGGGAAAGGAAGGAGGGCAAAGGAGGGGGACCGACAACUCCAACCAAACGGGAAUAAAAGAGGGCGUGGAGAAGGCAGAGAGCGUCCAGGGAAAAGGACAAAUAAGUUGGAAAGUGAAGAAGGGGAGUAAGUAGGGAGAGGGAGAGAAAAAGAGGGAAAACACAGUGGGACUAAAGAAGGAAAGAGAGAAGUAGGAGGACGGGGACCAAGCAGGGGGGGUUUUCCCUCUGAGGAGGCAGAGAUCAUAAAAAGCCCUCCUCCACAGCUGUGAACAUCGCAGUCACACGCACAAUUGCAUGACAGUACUCACAUGCUGCAGCAGUUUGCUCAGUCCACUGUUAGUUUGUGAAACUUGCACAUAAGACACACUCAGAGGCUGAUAGUCCCAUAAGAACACAAGAAAAUAGGCAGGGCAGCAAUGGGCUGGGAGCAUGGAGACUCCCAUUGACUUCUACAGACACUUCUCCUGGCUGAAAAAGGUGAACCUCUGUUCUCCAGCCAACAAUGAAACUUACCAAGAACGACUGCUUCGCCUAGAGGGAGACAAGGAGUCUCUGGUGCUACAGGUGAGCGUUCUGACCGACCAGGUGGAGGCCCAGGGAGAGAAGAUCAGAGACCUAGAAAGUUCUUUGGAGGAACACCGCCAGAAACUGGCCUCCACUGAAGAAAUGCUCCAACAGGAGCUGAUGAGCAGGACCUCGCUAGAAACUCAGAAGCUGGAUCUGAUGGAUGAGGUGUCCUUUCUCAAACUGAAGCUGGUCAGCAUGGAGGAGACGCAAACCAACUCACACCCUCAGGAUUCGACAGACACAAAGCAGAACAAAGCUGAGUGUGUGGUAAAUCUCAUCAGUGAGCUCCAGGAGCAGAUGUGCAGGUUUCAGGAGGAGAUCAGCACUCGCAUUCAGGAGAAACGGGCCCUGGAGGAGAAGGAGGCCCAGAAGGGGGAGCCAAGAGACGGCCAAGCCCAGGGCUACAGCCCUCAAGUUGGGUUGGUCGGCUUGGACCUGAGCCUGUCUGGCUCUGAUGCCCGGCAGCACAAUGGAGGAAAGACUGUUCACGAUUUGCAACAAGAAGUUAAGCAGCUGAAGAGCAAAGUGGAUGAGUUGGAGGGAGAGAAGAGCCAGUAUGAGAGGAAAUUAAGAGCCACCAAGGCAGAAAUCUCAGAGCUGCAGCAGCUCCUGGCCUCCAAAGAUGCUGAGAUCGAGUGCCUACAGACCCAGCUGCUGGCCAGAGGCGGCAGCGCCAAUGACAACGCAGAGAGAGACCAGGAAUACCAGAGGUUAAAGGUGGGGAUGGAGUCUUUGUUGGCUUCAAAUGACGAGAAGGAUCGGCGUAUAGAGGAGCUUACCAUUCUGCUCAGCCAAUACAGAAAGAUGAGGGAGGUCAUGGCACUCACGCAGGGAAGCAGUGAAGAGGAGCUGAGCGGCAGUUUAAAGCUCAAAGCCAUCACUCACAAAGCACACUCUGACAUCCUCAGAUCAGAGCUGUCAUCAAGAGGAUCGUCACCGCUUAUGUUGUCCUCAUCGCCGUAUCAGAGGGAUUUGGAUUUCAGUUUCCAGAACUCUGUGGAGACAUCGCUGGUGUCCGCUGCUGACCCAAGUUUGUUUAAUGGGUCUUGGCAUCGACGCCGGUUGAUGUCCAGCAGUCUUGAAGAGUUGCAGAGUGGAUCUUUACAAAAGGCUGUAGAGAUCCAGCCACUUGAAAGUGAAUCAGAUGUAGGGGCCGAGAAUCCCCACAUGGAGCUGAACAAGUACCAAACUCUGCCGGGGAAACUGAGUAAAAAGAACGAGCCGCGGGCCGAGCUGAACGGCGACGGAGACGGAGAGUAUUUAUCUCCCGUCCAGCUCUCGCCUGUCCACAGCCACAGCCAGGACUACAGUCUGAAGCAUUCAGAGAAGCUGGAGGAGUGCUUUCCAUCAGACCAGUCCCCGCUGUCCUCUGGAGUGGACUCUGGACAGCAGUCUCCUGUCUCACCAGAGAACAGGAAGGGUCACAGAGGGAUUAGGAAACUCUGGGGGAAGAUCCGUCGCAGUCAGUCGGGUAGUCCUGUCCAAGUUCAUGACCCAGAGCUAGGAGACUUCAAGAGGGGAGGAUUCAGAGCUACAGCUGGACCUCGAUUGGCCCGUCCAGGGAAAACACGAGAUCUGAAGACACCAUUUUCUAAGUGGAACACAGAGCAGGUGUGUGACUGGAUUGAAGACAUUGGACUAGGUCAGUACAGCAUCCUCGCUCGCCAGUGGGUCACCAGCGGUCAGACUCUGCUAUCAGCCGCGCCACAAGACCUAGAGAAGGAGAUGGCCAUGAAGAAUCCACUCCACAGGAAGAAGCUUCAGUUGUCCAUCAAAGCGAUCAGUAGCAAACAGCCUGAAAAAUCUGCAGAGCUCGAUUACCUCUGGGUUACCCGUUGGCUUGAUGAUAUUGGCCUUCCUCAGUACAAAGACCAGUUUAAUGAAGGAAGAGUGGAUGGGCAGAUGCUGCAGUAUCUCACUGUGAACGACUUAUUAUUCCUUAAAGUGACCAGCCAGCUGCACCACCUCAGCAUCAAGUGUGCCAUUCAUGUUCUCCAUGUCAACAAAUUCAAUCCCAACUGCCUCAAACGCAGGCCCGGCAAUGAGAGCCAGUUCACUCCCAGUGAGGUUGUCCAGUGGUCUAACCACCGAGUCAUGGAGUGGUUGAGAUCUGUGGACCUUGCAGAGUAUGCCCCAAACCUGAGGGGCAGCGGCGUGCAUGGAGGGCUGGUAAUGCUGGAGCCUCGGUUUAACUCUGAUAGCCUGGCCAUGCUGCUGAACAUCCCUCCUCAGAAAACUCUGCUGAGGCGCCACUUAACCACCAACUUCAACAACCUAGUAGGAGCACAGGCUCAGCAGGAGAAGAGGGAGUACACUGAGGCGACAGGAUACUCCCCACUCAGCAUCACCGCUAAAGUCAAGCCGAAGAAGUUGGGCUUCUCUAACUUGACUCACCUCAGGAGGAGACGGCCGGAUGAAUCUACAGACUAUGUCUGCCCCAUCGAGUCCUCCUCGCCUCAGUCGGGACAGUCUGCAGUGAACGGGGUGCAGAUGCGGCCCUACACUGGCUUCAGAGGCCUGAGCCCCAUCCUAGACCGAGAGCCCGACCGCUCCAGGGACCAGAUGGCGACCACAGAGGGUACCAUUUUGCAAAUAGAAGCUCUUUCUGAAAGCAUCAACAACCUCACACAGGACGAGGGAGAAGAAGAAAGGAAAUGUAGUGUAUUUGGAACUGUGGAAGCUCCCAGACCAGUCCUGUGUAUCAGGGAGACCAGCUUGUGAUCUGCUGCCCAUCAUCCGUCGACCAUGGGUGCAAAAUUCAGCAAACCUACAUCUAACCCACUGAGAAACGUGUUUUCC